CUGGAAGGGACCGGUUGACAGCCCGAGAGGACUACAAACCAGUUACAAACAGAACCCCGUAACUCCAGGAAUAACUACAACACCGUCACGUGACAGCAAGUUACAUACGUCACAAACAUGCGACAACACGCGGAGACUCUGUACUACCCAGAAUCCAACGCGGGAACUGUACACCCCACAAUGCAGCGCGGCAGACCAGAGUAGGCUGUGUUUCCAUGGAGACGGAUCCGUCAAUACGAAAUGAGACGGACGACAACGUCUCUCCACCGUGAAGGAUCUCUAUCUUAAGGACACAGAUGACGUCAUCAUAAGAACAGGCCCAGGACCCGACCAUGUCCCAGUUCUCCAGCGAGGACGAGGCAGAGCUGCAGUAUCUGCUCCGUCAGCUCCUGAAGAGCACAAAGGACAGGAUAUCUGGCGCUCCGUCCAUUGAAUGUGCUGAAGAGAUCCUUCUUCACCUGGAGGAGACCGACAAAAAGUUUCACAACUAUGAGCUGGUCAGGUACCUGCGGCAGCAUGUGGACCGGUCCCUGGGGGCGCUGGUGGAGGCAGAGACGGAGCUCGGGGCCGGAGGAGACGCUGGAGCCUCCGCUCACGACAUCCACGCUGUCACCAGACGGACCAGGGACUCCGCAGAAUACAAGCAGAUGAUGCAGACUCUGAAGAACACCAUGAGUCUGGUGGUGGAGUCGCUCAUCAAUAAGUUUGAAGAGGACCAACUGAGGAAAGAGGAAACGUACAGGGACAACCUCCCUGGAGCGUCUGAGGGCCGUUUCAAUGACAACUGUUCAGACAGCGACUCUUCCUUCAACCAUAGUUAUGCAUUCAUUAAACAAGAGCAGCUUCAAGCCUUGGCUGAACAACUGGACUCCAGCCAACCAAAAGAGGUGCGUUGGGAAGCCCUCCAGAAGCUGUGCUGUGCCCCUCCCUCUGACGUGCUGAGCUGUGAGACCUGGAACAGCCUGCGCACCAGCCUGUCUGCUGUGCUGGACGACCGCGACCCUGACCUCAGUGAUAAAGUACUCAAGUUCUUUGCAAAGACCUCCUCUUCAUCACCAUUCAAUUUGACCCGAGAGAUCUACAGCAGCUUAGCCAAGAGUCUGGAGGGAUACUUCCUGUCUCACAAGCUCAGCCUUCCCAUUGGCUCAGAUGGGAUUGAUGUCACCAGGCCUGACAUCAGCCGCCUUCUUAAACAGAUGAGGCUGAUAAAUGACUUCCAGAAGGAGAUGCCGUCCUUCUGGAUUCGCCACCCGGAGAAGUACAUGGAAGAAGUCAUAGAGAGCACCUUCUCCCUGCUGUCGGUGCACCCUGACCUGGGCUUGGCCUCGCCAGGGACCGAGAAAGCACUUGAACCUGUUUACUUGCUAGCCCUGCUGGACAUCAAAGCAACCUGGUUCAAUAAGUGGAUGCAUAGUUACUACAGCAGAGCUGUCAUCUUCAGACUCCUGGAGAGAAAAUACAAGAGUCUGAUUGUUGCAGCCGUCCAGCAGUGUCUGCAACACCUCUCAGACUGUGAGCACAGAUCCCCCCAGACCAGCGGCUCCUCUGCGGAGCCACAGACCAGCUCUUCUCAGUGGAGCAUCUACACCAGGAGUGAGCUGGAAUAUGCCUUCUUUGUCCAUUCACUCUGUGUUCUGGGAAAAGUCCUGAUUUACACCAAUGGCAGAAAGCUCUUCCCUAUCAAAAUAAGGAAACACAAAGAUCUCUACAGUCUGACGGACCUGGUGGUCACACUGAUCAACAUCAUGUACCAGCACCCCCAGCCCCCCCGCACGGACCCCUCGCACACAGUGUCCCUGGCCCCCAGGAGCCUGGUGACGGAGUUGCUGUGGAUGCUGUGUGAGCAGACAGAGAGCGCCGCCGAGUGCAUCUACCAGAGCCCUGUGAUAGAGACGCUGCUGGCACCCCUCAUACGCCUACUCAACGGGGAGCAGGCCAAAUUAAAGUCUCCUGCUGGGAGCUUAACUCACAUAGCAGAUGUGUUGGCACGCAUCGCCAGCACCGACAGAGGCCUCGCCCUCUUCCUGAAUGACAAGAGUCUGGACCUAAGCAGCAGUAAAGGCCUCUCUGCUAGCCAUAUUAUUGUACAGUUCACUCAGCGGUUAUUGGACAAGGACCUGCCUUCUCUGGGCCGAUGGGAGAUGUCGCCUGCUGUUUGCGGGGCCUUCCUCUUCGCCUGCAGGCAGAUGUACAACACCUGCGAGGGCCUGCAAAUUCUCCGGCCUUAUGGCCUGCACAGCUGCAUAGCUGCUGCUUUGAAGGAGGUACCAAGGGUGCUUUUACUCACACAAUGCAGCAACACCAGCACAAUACCAGUAUCGAAGAACAGGACACCCUCAGCUAACGCCGUGUCCACCCCCGCCUCCACCCCAGCCUCCACCCCCAUCCCUGGGCACAGUUCCUCUACCUGCUCCCUGGAGACCAUAGCGGGUCCGAGCCUUAUCUGGGAGGAGACCCUGCAGGACAGUCUACUGCACUUCGCUGCCACGCCCAAAGGCCUGCUGCUGCUCCAAAGCACCGGGGCGCUGGACCACUGCGUGGCCUACAUGUACUCACGCUUCAUCAAGAAGCUCCAGGUGAGCCGCUGUGAGAAGUUUGGCUACGGGGUGAUGGUGACCCAGGUAGCAGCUACAGCUCCUGGUGUGAUGGCCCUUCUGAACUCAGGCUAUGUCCAGGAGCUGGUGGUCAAGCUGUGGUCAGUGCUGGAGUGUGGGAGGGAGGACCUUCGUGUGGUCCAUCCCAAGUCCACUCCCAUGGAUCCCAUCGACAGGAGCUGCCUCAAGUCGUUCCUGGCGCUGGUCAACCUGCUGUCCUCCGGGGCCUCGGUUUGGGCUCUGCUGCGGGGCCAGCCUCUACCCCAAAGGGAGGCCUACCCCCUGAGGGAGGUGCCAAGCACCAUCGCCGAUUUGAUGGACAGGCUGAUUGCAGUGGAUUCGGAUGCAAAGAUCAACUCCCUGUUUAACUACGAGCAGUCACACACGUUUGGCUUGAGACUGCUGUGCGUGCUGUGCUGUGACCUGGACUCGUUCCUGCUGUUGGAGAGCCAGUAUGCCCUCUGCAGCAUGCUCCUGCUCCGCCAGAAGGAGAACGUCACCGAACCGGCCGAAGCUCAGGGGCAGCUGAUCCUGGACCGCCUCUCCGUUGAGAGGAACCACCUGCUGGUGCGGGUGUGCGCGGUGGGAGGUCCGUCUGAACGCAGGCUGCCCCCCCGGGCACUGCAGGAGGGCCCAGACCCCUACCCAUGGCCAAUGUUCCUGAGCUACCCUUCAGCUCCCCCACAGUGCUACACCUUGGAUGCUGCAAUGCUUCCUCAAAGUAAACAAGAUUCUGAGAUCAGUGCAUUCUUGGCGUCUGGUAUCCCUGCGAAAGAUGAGGGCUGGAUGGCUGCCUGCCGCAAACAGUACUGCAAAGACAUGAGCACCACGCCCUCCAGCCUCACCGGGUCGGUGCUGUCUCAGCUCCUGGAGAAGGUGGUAUCAGUCAACGCAGCAACCCAACCCUUCUUCCCUCCUGCUCACUACAAAGCUAAGGACAGCAGUGUGAAGAGGGUGGAACUGUCAGCUGUUCAGCUGUUGGGCAUGAACAUCUGUGUCAGGUACGGACGCUCCCUGGGCCUGCUGAAGGACGAGGGUACAGAGGAGCUGGCGCUGCUGCUGAAACACAGCCACCUCUUCCUGGCUGCACAGCGAGCCACAACACACCCCACUGCCGUCCCAGAUCUCCACCCGGGCCAGGACUGGCUGGCCGCCACCCUGUUCCUCAUGAUGGCGGGCGACGGCGAGCGGGCGCGACGCUGGCUGGUGGACUUCUCUUCUCUGCUCUGCUCCGCCUUCCUCUGGCCCGCCCGCAUGCACAGCUCUGUCCAUCUACCGGCCCCUGUGGCGGCCUCGGGGAUCCCUCCGGUCUACUGGUGCACUGCUCACUACGUAGAGAUGCUGCUCAAGGCUGAGGUCCCCCUGGUCCACUCUGCCUUCAGGAUGUCUGGCUUCACCCCGUCCCAGAUUUGCCUGCAGUGGCUGAACCAGUGCUUCUGGAACUACCUGGACUGGCCUGAGGUCUGCCACUACGUGUCCACCUGUGUGCUCAUGGGCCCCGACUACCAGGUGUACGUGUGUGUGGCCGUGUUGAAGCACAUGCAGCCAGACAUCCUGCUGCACACACAGGCCCAGGACCUGCAGGUCUACCUCAAGGAGGAGCCCAUCCUGGGCUUCAGAUUCCAGGACCAUCUGGAGUUCAUGGAGCAGCUGGAGGGAAAAUACGGCACAACGGUGCUCACAGACAUGCAGCGCAUCACCACGCCCGCUGCAUAGACCCCCACAGACCACGCCCGCUGCAUCAACCCCCACAGACCACGCCCGCUGCAUAGACCCCCACAGACCACGCCCGCUGCAUCAACACCCACAGACCACUCUGCUAGGAGACAGCUCUGGGAGGGCCUAUGAAGCCCUGUAAGAAAAGCCUUUCUGCACUACAGUCCACAAGAGUCUCUGCUUCACAGGGUCAGCGUUCCUCCUGAGGGGAACUGGCUGGACAUCGCUCCAAUAGUCAUAGUUUUGAUGUAAAACAUUACACGUUAACAUUGAGUAUCUUUAGUAGAAAUAUGUAUUAAGUGAUGAUGUAACAAGUUUUCGUAACAAAAUCAUUGAGUUUUGGUUCUUCUAUGAGGUUCAAUACAUGUAUUGUAAGGUUUUUCCAUAUACCUUAAUACUGAAUUAUUUGUAAAGUUUAGUAUAAGAUGACACGUUGUUUCCUCCUAUUUCCUUGGACCACCCUGGGAUGAGCAUUUCAAUAACAAAACUUAAUUGAUCACGUAGACGCAUCUUGACGUCAUGUACGAGAUUUUGAAUAUGAAAGUGCAAUCUUAUUUGUGAUGAAGUUGUCUUUUAGAACGCGUCAUCUAUUUGAAACAAAUUGUGCACCAGACGCCACAGCUCAGGUGGACAAUAAAGAGGAUGGCUGACGUA